CUGGGCCGCCGGUCCUAGGCUGCGGGGGCCUCCCGGGCCAAUGCGCGCCGAUGGCGCCCUUCCGCGGCCGGCGACGCGGCUGCUUCCAGAAGGCUUGUCUGUCAGUCUGGGCAGUGCCUGUGGCUGAGUGAGUCGACUCCAGCAUGUACCAGCAGGUGGCUGCAUUCAUGGCAGUGAUUGUGGGAAUCCACAGCCUCCAGAGGGACUGUAGACACAGGCCCAGCUGCUGCCUCAGCCCAGGGCAGGAUCCUCCUGAGGAGUGGCUGAAGUGGAUUACUGUACCCAUGUCUCCUCCAGAGCCUCCUACCUUUACCCACGACUCAGAAUCCUGCAGGGCGAGUGAAGACGGGCCCCUCAACAGGAGGGCUAUCUCCCCCUGGAGAUAUGAGUUGGACAGGGACUUGAACCGGCUUCCCCAGGACCUGUACCACGCCCGCUGCCUGUGCCAACACUGCGUCAGCCUACAGACAGGCUCCCACAAGGACCUCCUGGGCAACUCAGUGCUGCUCUACCACAACCAGACCGUCUUCUACCGGCGGCCAUGCCAUGGCCAGCAUGGCGCCCAGAAAGGCUACUGCCUGGAGCGCAGUUUCUACCCUGUGUCCUUGGCUUGUGUGUGUGUGCGGCCCCGUGUGAUGGCCUAGUCGUGCCUGCUGCCUGCCUGAGGCCGCUCACUGAUCGGCACAACUGGAGAUGAGUAAACAGUGACCUUGCCACCGUGGGCCAGGGUGCCUAGACUUUUGGUUCCCCCAAGGUGCUAUUUGGAGCAGCAGGACCCUGAGACGGGACAGCGGCCUGAGGCAGCGGAACCUACACAAUUGCACUUUUGAAAGCACUUUCGGAAGAGAGCAGCUGCGCUUUCUGCUAUUGGAAGCUGGUGUCCUGGCAUUUCCUCUCAGGAAAGAUC